AUGGAUCACUCACACAUGGACCACGGAGAUAUGGGCCACGGCGGCGGACAAUGUGUUACGAAUAUGCUCUUCACUUGGUCCACUACAAACAUGUGCAUAAUCUUCCCCGAGUGGCGUAUACAAGGCACCGGCUCGCUCAUCGCAUCCCUUUUCGCAAUCAUCCUGCUCACCUCUGGCUACGAGGCUGUUCGAAGCUUCACUCGUCUCUAUGAAGCAUCACAUGCUCAGCGACUCAAGGGCUUUUCUUCUGCUGUUUUGAUUGUCGAUGAGAACGCUGGCCCUGAAAUUACACCGGGUAAUGCAACCCUGGAAGAACCCAGAAGAGGAGGUCUUGCACGUUUCACGAACUCACUGCUUGUAGGCAGGGAUAGUAAGCAAGCGGUGGAGCGGCGGGGGCGGUUGAUCAUGGCGACACUGUACGCGGUGCAAGUGUUUUAUAGUUUUUUCAUCAUGCUUCUCUUCAUGACAUAUAAUGGAUGGGUUAUGCUUUCUGUGGCUGUCGGCGCGUUUGUUGGAUACCUUGUUUUUGGCGGCGAUGCGCCUGCAACGAAAUCCGCAGCGUGCCACUGA